UGCACCAGCUCUGCUCAUAUCUAUUGAACACUGCGGAAUACAAGUAUACAGAAUACUCAACGGUCAUGACAAACCACCACCCACCAAUCCCACUACUGCCCUCCCUCCUUGACCUCAACUUCAACUUCAACUUCAACAAUAACACCACCACCACCACCACCACCAUCAUCAUCCUCCUAAUCCUCACAAUCCCCCCCCUCCUCUUCCUCUCCCACACAAUCCGCAAAGACUACGCCGCCUUCAUCUCCCUCGGCCCCGGCGGCGUCCCCCAAUCCCCAAAAGGCUACAUCGGCUUCUGCUGCCUCCGCCCCUUCGCCCUCCGCAACCCCUUCGAACCACCUCGUCUACCCCCGACCUUACAACCCCAGGACGGAUUCCUCGCAUCCGACACACUACCGACACGGAAGGGUCCUCGACCAGUAGUUAAGGGGAUAGUGCCGCAGCGGCAGAUAACGCAGCAGGGGAAUGAGACGACGUAUGAGGUAUUGAGUCGGGAGUUAUCGACGUUGGUGCAGACGCAUGCGCAUACGCACGGGUUGUAUACUGAUACGUCGUGUUUUGAGAAACAUAGUAUGGGGAUAUUUGUCGCGGAGAAGUUUAGGUCUUGCGUGACUUGUAAUGGAGAGGUGUGUCAUGCGCAUCCGAGUGAUGGGAGUUUGCAUUUGAGUCUGCAUCCGGCGGAUGUUAAGGUGGUUUUGGCCAAUGGGUGGGGGCAGAGACAUCCCAUUGCGCGGGAGAAGAGUUGGUGGUGGCAGGUGUUGAGAACGGGGAGGACGUUGCCGCCGGGGUUUGUGAUGGUGUAUGCGCCGAGGGAUGAGAAGGAGCUGAGGGUUGUUGUUGAGAUCGUGCGGGCGGCCGUCUGUUGGGUUAGUGGAAAGGGGUUGCAAUGGGAGAGGGAGUGUGUGAUUGAAGAUAAGGAAAUGGCGUCAAUAUAACAGUAAUUGUCUAAUAGCAUAAUCAACGGAAUCUCUUUUCCUAUACCUAUUGAAGACACUCUGUGCUAUAAAGACAUAAAAGACAAUGCUCGUGACCAUCCUCAGGUGAAUCGUAAAUUCUGUUCUCAAAAAGGUAGCAACGCACAUGGAGAGAAAAACACAAGCGAGAAAAGAAAUGAAAUAAUAAAAACGGUUUAAAACACAAGAGUAUUCGUUGGAUCGACGCCGGGACGAAAGAGAAACGAAGCUAUUAGCAUAAAAUCAAGAGCCGUUAGAGAACACAAAAGCACCGAGGUAACAGUUCCCUUCCCUACACGUGGUGCCUUUUUGACUUUUUCUGUUGGCGGCCCCAAUAUCCCAUCCAUCACCCGCAACUCCCUGCCAAGCAAGUUCUAGGUAUAAUCUCUUCCAGUUC